AUGGCGCAACGUAGCUCGGCCCGAUACGUCUUUCAGACCUUGACGCAUGAUGUUAGUGGGUGGACGAAUCCCGCUGUCGCUUGGGGUAUUGGCUUGUUGACGGUCACAUACCCUCUUACAGGUGACGAGGUAGUGCAAGCACGCACUCGCGUUCCGCGAAGCAUGAUACUUUCUGUCGUGCUGAACUCAAUCAUGCAGACCACUUACAUGAUUUGCCUCUUGUUCACAAUCGGCAAUGUUGACCAAGUCGCAAGCACACCGACAGGCCUGCCAAUCAUUGAAGUUUAUUACCAAGCAACUGGAUCGAAGGCCGCCACCAAUCUCUUCGUCGCGGUUAUGGGUCUGGUGAUAUUCACCAGUUUUUUUAAUGUUUUCGCCUCAGUAUCGCGCCUCAUUUGGGCUUUCUCCCGCGACAAGGGCCUGCCAUUUUCAAACUUCUUUGGAUCUGUCAACCCAUACUUGAAGAUACCACUUAAUGCACUGCUGCUCAUCGGCACCUGUGUAGCAUUACUCGCCUUGAUCAAUAUUGGAAGCUCGACCGCUUUCAACGCUUUCCUCUCUCUUCCAGCUCUGGCACUCUAUAUCUCCUACUUUCUGCCCAUUUUCUUCGUGUUCUGGCGGCGCGUUACGCGACCGAAAUCUAUCGCAUGGGGCCCGUUCAGUUUGAAAAGCAUGGGGAUUCCUGUCAACCUGUUCGCGCUCUGCUAUAUCACCUUCAUCAUUGCCUGGAUGCCCCUUCCUACGGUCCUGCCUGUCGAUGGCAAUACCAUGAACUACGCAGGGCCUUUAGUUGGCGCUGUUAUCGUCGGAGCCUUGGUGGAUUGGGUUGUCUCGGGAAGAAAGAGAUUCCAGAUACGCACGGCCGUCUCAGGGCCUAGAAUCUGA